AUGAUUUUCAUUUCACCCUCUCAAGAUGGACUUACUGUCACCAUUGGAAUGAUAUGGAUGAAAGCAAGGUCGACAUAUGUCAUGUCGUAUCAACGGACCGCAAGUGCCUUUACCAUAGCGGUGGAAGACGCCAGAAGUCAAGGUUUACUAAUUGACACCGACAUAAGUUGGGAUCGAAGAACAGAUGUGAGUGAGCGAGAUCGCUGCGCACGCACAUGUGCCCUAGAUGGGCCAACCUUUGGAGGGUUUUCUCCUGAAGAGGAAGGUGUUUUUGAUGGUGUUGCUGGUUUUGAUGGUGGUGCUGGUUUUGAUUUUGGUGCAGGUUUUGAUGAAGAUGCUGGUUUUGAUGAAGAUGCUGUUUUUGAUGGUGAUGCUACUUUUGACUGUUUGUUGUUUUUGGUUGGUUUUCGUAUAGUCGUGAAACAGGAUGGGUCUCCCGUGAGGAUUUUCAAUUCCUGUUGGCCAGUCAUGUCUGGGACUUGUGAGCCCCAGGCAGAGAGGGAUAGACACCAUCGGGAACAGCAAGGAAUGUCAAUCCUGGAGACAGCACUACGACCAGACAUAGUGUUGUUACAUGUAUCACCCAGUAAGAAGAAACUAGUGAUAGUGGAACUGACUGUGCCGUGGGAGACAAGAUGUGAAUCAGCGCACGAACGAAAGAAGAGCAAGUAUGCGGAGCUGACAGAGGAGUGUGGCAGAAAAGGCUGGCAGUCAUGGAACUUUCCUGUGGAAGUAGACUGCAAAGGAUUCCCGGCCCAAUCAUGCUGGAGGAUGCUCGGAUCCCUUGGUAUUACGGGAGGAGUAAGGAAGACGGCAGUGAGAGAGUUUGGGAACGAAGCGGAACGGGCAUCACGAUGGCUGUUGAUGCGGAGAGGAGACAGUAGCUGGAAGCCAACCGUCGGAGAAAUCCUGAACUACUUCUCUGAGGACGGGGUGGAGUCGACCGGCCAGGUGGUGGACAUGGUUCUACGGGACAAAGUCGAUCUGGUCUUCGGUCAUCCAUCUUCACGCGCUAACAUCCCAGUUGCGUAUAUGACGUCCCACUACAACAUUCCACACAUUUCUUGGUCCGCCAUAGACGUUCUUUUGUCGGACAAAGAACUAUUCAAGACGUUAGUUCGGACUAAAGGGCCAACAAACAAGGCAGGUAACUCCGUACUGGUGCUCCUUAACCAUUUUGCAUGGACCAGGCUCGGAAUAUUUGGAGAAGAUUACGCAAUUUGUCUGUACGUCACCAACAGCAUCACGCAAGCCUUACAGAAAACAGAGAUAUCUAUAGCCUCCUACACGGAGUUCGACAGGAACACUAUAACGGAUGAGGAUAUCAUCAAAACCUUGAUUAAUCUACGAGACACUGUGCGGAUUAUUGCCGUGUGUUCUGGGUCGUAUUUCCGGAAGAUUGUGGUGUUCGCCUGUCAGCUAGGCAUGUGCAACGGGGAAUAUGUGUUCAUUGACACGUAUGCAAUAACAGGAAGUGCAGAGUACAGUCCCUGGCAAGAAGGCGACAGCAGCGACGACGAUGCUAAAGCGGCCUACCGACACGUCAUUAAGAUUUUGCAAGCACAGUGGAUGGAUGAUGCUUCGAAAGGUCAGGUCGAAAGACUUAUAGCUGAAGUACCUUUGCGCAUGCACGAAGAGCCAUGGAAUAAUACUGAGGCUACGGAUAACGGGUCUGGGGGUUCUAGUAUGGCGGCGAUGGUAUAUGACGCUGCCUUUACCUGGUUUAUGUGGCUGAACCAUACUAUAGAGAAUAAUCUCGAUUAUAGAGACGGACGCGGAAUGUUCUUGUUCACCCAGAACCUCACGUUUACAGGUCCUGAUGGUACUGUGGCUUUUGAUAACAAUGGUGACCGGGAAACGAUUUUUUGGAUCCUUGACUGGAAGAACUCGUCUGGGGUUUCUCGUAUAUUGGCGACUGUCGACAUCACAGCCACCGAAGUUUUCCAAUUAUCGGCAGAACCUGUUUGGUUGACAAAAGACGGGUUGCCGCCCCCAUCUACUCCAGUAUGCGGGUUUGACAACACCGGGUGUCCCCCUACGCCUUAUAGUGAGUCAACUAAUACAAAGAACGUUUAUGAGAGCGAAAUAAGGAAAAUGCUAUGGAAAGUACAAUAUGAAGACAUUUACAAACCCAAGGGUCAGGCCGGUGCUGGUAGUAUGUUUAGCAAGCUGAGUCUGGCUACUGUAUCCAAUAACGGUGAAAAUGAGGGCGUUUAUAUAAGCACGGGCAAGUACAAGGGAGUGACAGUGUCUAUACGGAUGUCCAUGAACCAAACUGUGAUGCUGGCCAGGCAGGACUACGUGGAGCUUCAGGCGAUGAAGGAUAUGACACACGACAACGUGAACCCCUUUAUUGGUGCCUGUGUUGACCCCCCGAAUGUGUGUGUGCUGUUCCAGUAUAGUUCCAAAGGCAGUCUCCAGGAUGUUUUACAAAACGAUGACAUCAAACUGGAUUGGACCUUCAAAUUGUCGUUAAUAUCUGAUUGUCUGGAGGGAUUGAUAUAUUUGUCGGAGUCUGCGUUGAAGUCAUUUGGGAGGUUGAAGAGUUCUAAUUGUAUUGUGGACAAUCGCUGGGUUCUGAAGCUGUCUGACUACGGCAUCUUUGGAUUUGUGGGGUCUAAUACAGAUCAGAGAGAAUAUGAGGAGGAGCGGUAUAAAGCUUUGUUGUGGACCGCCCCUGAGUUAUUACGGUCACCUGUGCAGCAUAGGAAUGGCACGCAAGCUGGAGAUAUCUACUCGUUUGGAAUUAUCCUACACGAAACAUACUUCCGAAUGGGAGUCUUUCCGAUAUCUACAUUAACUGCAAGGGAUAUCAUAUCCAAAAUAAAGGACGGCGGACAGACACUUUGUCGUCCUGAUACGGACAUGAAAUACUCAAAUGACGAGAAACCAGGACUCAUUGAUCUCAUGAAACAUUGCUGGAGGGAGGAGGCAGCAGACCGACCAUCGCACAGUACGAUCAAAAGUAUCAUCAAAAGUCAACACAUUGGAAAGAAAGUCGGAAUACUUGAUGACAUGAUAGCCAGGCUUGAGAAAUACGCCAACAACCUGGAAGAGCUAGUAGAACAUAGAACCAUUGAAUUGUCGGAGGAGAAACAAAAAACGGAUCGCCUUCUCUACAGAAUGCUGCCUCAGGCCGUUGCUGAGAAAUUGAAGUCCGGAAAGUCUGUGGACCCGGAGGCCUUUGAAGCUGUAACGAUUUUCUUUUCGGACAUCGUUGGAUUCACCAGCAUAUCAGCCGCUAGUACUCCUUUGCAAGUUGUUGACCUUCUGAAUGACCUCUACACUCUUUUCGACGACAUUAUCGCCAAGUUUGAUGUGUACAAAGUUGAGACGAUUGGGGACGCCUACAUGGUUGUUGGAGGACUUUCCCGUAAGGGAGGUAAUUCUCACGCGUCCCAUAUAGCUGACAUGUCCCUCAACAUCCUCAGUUCUGUCAUGUCGUUUCGUCUGAGACACAGACCCGAUGAUGAAAUCAGAGUGCGCAUCGGCCUUCACACCGGGGCUUGCUGUGCAGGCGUCGUUGGUCUGACCAUGCCACGGUAUUGCCUUUUUGGAGAUACAGUAAAUACUGCGUCCAGGAUGGAAUCGAACGGAGAAGCCAAGAGGAUCCACAUCAGUAGUGUUACCAAGGACGCUUUGGAUACAUACGGAGUAUACCACAUCAGCCUCCGGGGAGAUCUUGUUAUUAAGGGUAAAGGAGCCAUGACAACAUACUGGCUGAGUGACAAAACCGGAUUCAACAAACCGCUACCAACCACGGAGUAACAAAUAUCUACAUUCACUUUCACAAAGAAGUGAUAUUGUAAAACAAACAUUUUGCUCACCAGAGAAAUAAUAACUAUAUUGUAUGUACCCUCAACUAGUGGUCUUGUAAAACAAACCCCAACUUAGUAACAAAUAUUGUAACCCCACAUAAAAGUGAUUGUAAAAAAAGAAAC